GCCGAAUCGAAGACGCGAUCGCGUUGGUCACGCAGGCCACGAAAAGACACACAACUAGUCAAUCUCCGAAGAAGCUUCAGCGGUUAAAGACGCGUCUCCAGUCUCCGGUUGUCCGGUUCGCCAAAAAAAAAUCAAAUUACUCAGUCUGAUAACUUUAUUCGGACGGUGAACGUCGGUACGUUGCGUUGCCGCUCGAUAUUCCGGAUAUAUGAUCGCAUAUAUAUAGAAUUGAUCGAUCUCGCCAUGAAGUCGAUGUGCUGUGUUAGUGCUGUGAUCACACUCCUGCCCCUCGUGCUCCUCCCUCCGCCCAGUGGCGCCCAGUUUAAUCGGAACAGGCAAGUGCGCCAGGACUGCAUCACACCCGAGAACUAUUAUGGGAGUUGCGUUGCCCUGACCUACUGCCCCCAGGUGGUGAACAUCUUCCAGGGCACCAGCAGGGAUCGGGCCCAGCGAUAUGUGAUCGCCCUGCAGCGCAGCUGUGGCACCCGCAACUUUAAUGGGGAUCCAGUGAUUUGCUGCACUGAACCCAGAUAUAACCAGGUCACAGAACGUCCACAGAACCACUUCUUCGCCAGCGAGUCAACGUUCAUUGGCCCACAGCCACCGCCGGAAGUUCCCGAACCCAAUCCCUUCCUGUAUCCCACGCCCAGGACUACGACCACCACGACGACUACCACUCCAGCUCCCAUUCCGGAUACAUCGGCGGCUCCGUUGAUAGAACCACGGGGAAGCAAUUGCCGUGGGCCAGAUACAAAACCAGGAAAUUGUGUGGAAAUCAAGGAGUGCGCCACGCUGCUGAAUGAGCUAAGGUCAAGGUCGCAGGACACGACCUUUGCCAACUUCCUGCGUGCCUCCAACACCAUUUGCCAGAACAGGGGCACCCAGGUGUGCUGCCCCACCGCACAGGGCAACAACGCCAACACCACUCCUAGUCCAAGUAGUGUCCAAGUGGUGCCCAAGAACACGGAUGAAAUACCACGUCGGCUGCUCAACGCGGAGGAGGGAUGUGGCUCCAAGGUGGGUAUUUACAAGAAGAUCGUGGGCGGUGAGGUGAGUCGCGUGGGGGCGUGGCCCUGGAUUGCACUCCUGGCUUAUGAUGAUCCCUCCGGAUCGGCGUUCAAGUGCGGCGGCACCCUAAUCACCGCCAGGCACGUGCUCACGGCGGCCCACUGCAUCAGGUCGGAUCUGCAAUUUGUGCGUUUGGGAGAACAUGACCUGACCACGGAUACGGAGGCUGCCCAUGUGGACAUUAACAUAGCCAGAUACGUAACCUAUCCGAACUACAAUAGCAGGAAUGGACGCGGUGACCUGGCCAUAGUGUACCUGGAGCGUAAUGUGGAAUUCACCAACAAGAUUGCGCCCAUCUGUCUGCCGCAAACGGCCAGUCUGCGCCAGAAAUCCUACGUGAGCUACAUGCCGUUCGUCGCCGGUUGGGGAAGGCUGAUGGAGAAUGGUCCGUCCGCCGAGGUGCUCAAUGAACUCCAGAUACCCAUCUACGAUAACGCAGUGUGCGCGCGGAGUUACGCAAAGCAGAAUCGCUCCUUUACAGCGGAUCAGUUCGACAAGGCCGUCAUCUGUGCCGGUGUCCUGUCCGGUGGCAAGGAUACGUGCCAGGGCGACUCCGGUGGCCCGCUGAUGGCGCCGGAACCGUACCAGAACCAGUUACGUUACUAUCUGAUUGGCGUGGUGUCCUACGGCAUUGGCUGCGCACGACCAGAUACGCCCGGCGUUUACACCAGCACACAGUACUUCAUGGACUGGAUCAUCCAACAGGUCCAGGACACGCCCUGAAUUGCCAUCGCCCUCGUGCUGCACGUAGCUCAUAAGGAACCUAACUUAAAGCAAACCUAAACGAUUGAUUUAAGAUUCAUUAUGAUAUUAAAUGUUUUUAGCAUUCUAAACGGUGAUAAUAAAAUAUUUAUUUCACA